CCCGGCCGCGCCGGCCGCUCCGAAAGCGGAAGAGGCGGCGCGCGGGUGACCCCGGCGUCUCCGGGCCGGGCGGGCGGCGGGGCCAGCGAGCGAGCGGCGGGGCGCGGAACUUUCGGCCUGGACGCGGGCGGCGGCUCGGAGACACAACCUAUUUCGUGUGCUUGUGGGAAUCUAGCAACAGUUAACGCAUUGAAGGUGCUUAGCCUGAAACCUGACCCAGCAGUAACCGAUGGCAGGAUUUUCAUAGUAUGUCUAAUAUGAGUCCCACAUCUUGGCGUCCUAUCCAGCUUCAGCAGUCUCAGCUCCACUGGCUGGAGAAUGAAUGGGAUUUGCACAAAUUACAGGCGGAACUGAAAUACAGACUGCGGUGUUAACAUCCUUUCCUUCUGGUUGCUAUUAACAGAAAAGUAAAUGUCGUCAGAAGACCGAGAAGCUCAGGAAGAUGAAUUGUUGGCUCUGGCAAGUAUUUAUGAUGGAGAUGAAUUCAGAAAAGCAGAAUCUGUCCAAGGUGGAGAAACCAGGAUCUAUUUGGAUUUGCCACAAAAUUUCAAGAUAUUCGUGAACGGCAAUUCAAAUGAGUGUCUCCAGAAUAGUGGCUUUGAAUACACCAUUUGCUUUCUGCCUCCACUUGUGCUGAACUUUGAACUGCCACCAGAUUAUCCAUCUUCCUCCCCACCUUCAUUCACACUUAGUGGCAAAUGGCUGUCACCAACUCAGCUCUCUGCGCUCUGCAAGCACUUAGACAACCUGUGGGAAGAGCACCGAGGCAGCGUGGUCCUCUUUGCCUGGAUGCAGUUUCUUAAAGAAGAGACCUUAGCAUAUCUGAAUAUUGUCUCUCCCUUUGAGCUCAAGAUUGGUUCUCAGGAAAAUGUGCAGAGGAGGACAGCUCCAGCCUGUCCCAGCACAGAGGUAGAUUGUGGAGGAGCUGUCGGAUCUGAUGGAGACCAAGAAGAAGUAGUGGAUGAGAGAGCUGUACAGGACGUGGAAUCGUUGUCAAGUCUAAUCCAGGAAAUCUUGGACUUCGAUCAAGCUCAGCAGAGGAAAUGUUUUAAUAGUAAAUUAUUCCUGUGCAAUAUCUGUUUCUGUGAGAAGCUGGGUAGUGAGUGCAUGUACUUCUUGGAGUGCCGGCAUGUGUACUGCAAAGCUUGUCUGAAAGACUACUUUGAAAUCCAGAUCAAAGAUGGCCAAGUUCAGUGUCUCAGCUGCCCAGAACCAAAGUGCACUUCAGUGGCCACUCCUGGUCAGGUCAAAGAGCUUGUGGAAGCAGAGUUAUUUGCCCGGUAUGACCGCCUUCUCCUCCAGUCCACCUUGGACCUGAUGGCAGAUGUGGUGUACUGCCCCCGCCCCUGCUGCCGGCUGCCCGUGAUGCAGGAGCCCGGCUGCACCAUGGCCAUCUGCUCCAGCUGCAAUUUUGCCUUCUGUACGCUGUGCAAAUUGACCUACCAUGGGGUCUCUCCAUGUAAGGUAACUGCAGAAAAAUUAAUAGAUUUACGAAAUGAGUACCUGCAAGCAGACGAAGCCAGUAAGAGGUUUUUGGAGCAGAGGUAUGGUAAGAGGGUGAUUCAGAAGGCUCUGGAAGAGAUGGAGAGUAAGGAGUGGCUGGAGAAGAACUCAAAGAGCUGCCCCUGCUGCGGGACCCCCAUUCAGAAAUUGGAUGGAUGUAACAAGAUGACUUGUACUGGCUGUAUGCAGUAUUUCUGUUGGAUUUGCUUGGGUUCACUUUCUAGAGCAAACCCUUACAGACAUUUCAAUGAUCCUAAUUCUCCAUGUUUUAAUAGGUUGUUCCAUGCUGUGGAUGUUAAUGGGGAUGUUUGGGAAGAUGUGAUUGAGGACUAGUGGACUCCUGCUCACAAAACGGAAGUGGAUGGUUCGCCCUGAUGUUUUCUCAAGUACAUUAAGAAACUCCUCAGGAUUUUAGGAUUUCAUUCAUUCUCUCCUGAGUAGAAGAUAACGAAGAACAGGAUUUAUAUUUUCAUUCGGUACUAAUUGACUAAGGCACCCAUUUUUCCAUGUAACAUAAACUGAUAAAAUUAGAAGCCAAAGGUUCAGAGAAUGAAAACUACAGAUUAUUGAAUAUUCUAUAACAAGCUCUACAUAGUUAAAAAUAAGUAUUUAUUUUCUUCUCCAAGACGUAGGUGAGGGUCAAGAGCUAAACAUAGACUGUCUCCGGGAAGCAUCCGUCCGAGCCGCUCUGUCGAGCCCUCAGUGCUGCUUCGUACAGCUGGGGUAGAGCCCUGUUAGAAUUGUACUGCGCACCUUAUCGUGGUCAUGUUACAUUCUUCCCAGCCUGGAUUUCUGCUAAGUUCUUUUUGGAAGGAGCCUACUCUUAACUGCUUGAAUGGCUCACUUCGAUCUACUGCUUUUCAGAAUAGACAUUUAUAAUAAUUUAAAAAUUUUUUUAAAUAUAAGCACAGCUGGGCAUGGUGGCCUAUGUCUGUAAUCCCAGCAUUCAGGAGGCUGAGGCAGAAGGAUCGAUGUGAGUUUGAGACCUGCCUGGGCUACAUAGUGAGUUCAAGGCCAGCCUGAGUUGCAUAGCAAGACCCUGUCUCUCAAACAAAAAACACACACCCACGGUAGGUCAGCUGAUAUUUAUGAGUGAUAUAUAUAGUCCACUGGUUGGAGCCAAAUCUGUAAUAUCAUGAUCCUGGCUCAGAAGAAUUUCGGCCCCGUCCUACUCUUGAGCAGGAGAACUUAGAGACAAAUCAUUUUUUGUUCCAUAUGUUUUCCCUUUACUCUUCCUGUGCCUUCUGUUGGUAAGGACAGUUUUAAUGUCAACUACCGCAGCAUAUGUUUUUAUUUCAUCUGCUGGAAUAAGAGAAAGCCUAAUAUAUUCCCAAGGUAAAAAAAGCUGAAUAUUUUUUAAUUAGUCUGGAUUUGAACCUUUAUACAGCAAUGUAGUUCUGGUCCUAAUUUUCUGACUUUAAAAAAGUCUGCUCUAAUGAGCUGUGGGAAUUUGGCCUCCUGUGUUUUUUUUUAACAGCAGUGUUUCCAGUAAUAAUUUUGCUGUGAUACACACUUAGGUUCCUACUUGGGGGGUUUGUUGGCUUUUUAGAAAACUGUCUUUCCUUAUGGUUUGGUGAGUGGCUUAAUAGUAAAUUAAGAAUUUUCUUUGAAAAAGGACAGGCAAAUUCAACUACCUUUUGAAAACUGAGGAAUCACUUUUAACUGUGUUAAAUGUGUGUGUCCAAGAAAUCAGUAAAGACUUUCUGGAUUGUCAAUAAGGAUGCUUGAUCUUAAAAAUAAAAAUAAUUUAAAAUCA